AUGAAAAUAAUAAUAAUAUUAGUGGUAGGUGGUAGGGAGGAUAUUCCCGCACAAGUACCACCUCUCACUCCUGGAACCAAUAAAAAAAUGACUGAGGCCUUAAAGGCCUCGUUCGCAUCUUGGGAAAAGGAACAAUUAAAAUUAAACAUUGUAAAAGAUCCAAAGCAAUGGACCGAAACGCACGUCGCUCAUUGGCUCUGCUGGGCCAUCAGAGAAUUUUCAUUGGAAGGAGUGUCGAUACAACAAUUUUACAUGAAAGGAAAAGAUAUUUGCGCCAUGGGAAAAGAAAAUUUCUUAGCGAGAGCUCCCCCAUUCACCGGUGAUAUCUUAUGGGAACAUUUGGAAAUUUUACAAAAAGAAGUGGAUCGAGAAAGAGAUAGAAAUCAUCCCGUCGAUCAUCCCGUUAAUCCCGGUCAUGUUUACGAAUCCGUUUGCGUACCUGAUUUAAACGAUCUUUUGAGUAAUUAUCAGGGAGGACACGAUGAAAAAUCUCAUAAGACAUCAUCGUCAAGUGGAACUUUAUCGCCUGGAAAUCAUUCAUCGCAAUAUUCUCUAUCCGAUGCACCUUUUAUUUAA